GAGGAGGAGCGCGAGCGCGUGCUACAGCCACGCCGGCGGCGCGCGCCGAGGCGGGCGCAGAGCGGCAGGGACGGCGGCGGCUGCGGAGCCGGCGGGGGAAGCGGCGGCAGCGCUGGCUCGCGCUCUCCCUCCGCCAACCGCCAGCCCGCGCGCCCGAGUUCGUAGAUGGGGCUGAGCGGCGCCCGCUGAGGAGGGGACGGGGAGCGGGAGCCGGUGCCAGCGUCAGCAGCCAUGCAGCAGGUCCUGGAUAACCUGACUGAUCUGCCAACAUCGACAGGCGCUGAAGAAAUAGACCUGAUUUUUCUUAAAGGAAUUAUGGAAAACCCUAUUGUAAGAUCACUUGCUAAGGCACAUGAGCGACUGGAAGAUUCUAAACUUGAGGCUGUCAGUGAUAACAACCUGGAGCUGGUGAAUGAAAUUCUUGAAGACAUCAGUCCCUUAGUAAAUAAAGAUGAAAAUAUUGCAGAAUUGGUUGGAAUACUCAAGGAGCCUCAUUUUCAGUCACUCUUGGAAGCACAUGAUAUUGUGGCUUCAAAAUGUUACGAUUCCCCUCCUUCUAGCCCAGAAGUCAAUAAUGCUUCAGUGAACAACCAGAUUGUUCCAGUAGAUGCUAUUCGUAUCCUUGGAAUUCACAAAAGAGCAGGAGAACCACUGGGUGUUACGUUUAGAGUUGAGAACAAUGAUCUGGUAAUAGCACGAAUUCUUCAUGGCGGAAUGAUAGAUCGACAAGGUCUUCUGCAUGUAGGUGACAUUAUUAAAGAGGUGAAUGGCCAUGAGGUUGGAAACAAUCCAAAAGAAUUGCAGGAACUGCUGAAAAAUAUUAGUGGCAGUGUCACUCUGAAGAUUCUCCCCAGCUACAGAGACACUGUUAUUCCUCAACAGGUUUUUGUGAAGUGUCAUUUUGAUUAUAAUCCAUAUAAUGACAACCUCAUCCCAUGCAAAGAAGCAGGUUUGAAAUUUUCUAAAGGAGAAAUUCUUCAGAUUGUAAACCGGGAAGAUCCAAAUUGGUGGCAGGCUAGUCAUGUCAAAGAAGGAGGAAGUGCAGGGCUUAUUCCUAGCCAGUUUCUGGAAGAGAAGAGAAAGGCCUUUGUUAGGAGAGACUGGGACAACUCAGGGCCUUUCUGCGGAACAAUAAGCAGCAAAAAAAAGAAAAAGAUGAUGUAUCUCACUACAAGAAAUGCAGAAUUUGAUCGUCAUGAAAUCCAGAUCUAUGAGGAAGUAGCCAAAAUGCCUCCUUUUCAGAGGAAAACACUGGUCUUAAUUGGGGCCCAAGGAGUGGGGCGAAGAAGUUUGAAGAACAGGUUUAUAGUACUGAAUCCCACUAGGUUUGGAACUACAGUGCCAUUUACUUCACGAAAGCCAAGGGAUGAUGAAAAGGAUGGGCAAGCAUACAGAUUUGUGUCACGGGCUGAAAUGGAGAUGGAUAUUAAAGCUGGCAGAUAUUUAGAGCAUGGAGAAUAUGAAGGAAAUCUUUAUGGCACCAAAAUUGAUUCCAUCCUUGAAGUUGUUCAGACAGGGAGGACCUGCAUCUUGGACGUGAAUCCUCAGGCCCUGAAAAUACUGAGGACUUCAGAAUUCAUGCCCUAUGUAGUGUUUAUUGCUGCUCCAGAGUUGGAGACUUUGCGUGCCAUGCACAAGGCUGUGGUAGAUGCUGGAAUUACAACCAAACUUCUCACUGACACUGAUUUGAAAAAAACAGUGGAUGAAAGUGCACGGAUCCAGAGAGCAUACAACCACUAUUUUGAUCUGACCAUUGUAAAUGACAACCUAGACAAAGCCUUUGAGAAGCUACAGACUGCUAUCGAGAGACUGAGGCUGGAACCACAGUGGGUCCCAAUUAGCUGGGUAUAUUGAGAUUUCUCAAGAGGAGCUUAAGUAACAAAUAAAAUCAACUGCAGCAAAUAUGCUAAUGCGACGUGUAGAUACCGACGAUAACCUAUGGCACCUGUGCAUUUUUACUCUGUAUAUUCAAAAGUACACUGUUCUGAAUUUUUAUAAAAAUGUCGAAGGGAAAGUGUACUUAAAUAUGUAAUUUAUUUUAAUUUUUCUAACUUUUUACAGAUAACCUUUCUAUUCAUAUCACAUGAAGGAAAUGCGUUUAAGCAUUUUUAUAUGUUUUGAUUUAGUACCUUUGCCUUUUUCAUCUAAGAAACUUUCAGUCAUUCACUUCAACAUUUACAUCUUGGUCUUACAUUUUCACUGUGAUUAAAAAAAGGAUACUUGAAACAAUUUUUGUAAAACUUGUUAACGUCAGUGUUUAACUGGUCAAAAGUCUAUAGCUCUUCUUAGGAAAGAACACUAAUUUCUUUGGGGUUUUUUUCUUCCUUAAAAAAAAUAGUAAUUUCAUGGGAGCAGAAUUUUAAAUACUAAAAGCAGCAACCAACACACAGCUCCAUUGCUGCAGCUUCUUUCGGCUUAAUGUUGGUGCAUUCUUGAUGUUUCACAAAUUCUUGAUGUCUCUUGAUUUAGACAACUGUUGUAUAGGUUCCCUUAUACGUGUCUCUUAAAUAACGUAAAGCAAUACUUUGUAAGCUGCUUAUUAGGCUGUUCUUGGGAGCCAACCUGUUAGCCCAUUAUGGUUGAAAAACUGACAUUAGAAAGCUUGUACACAAGAUAAUUCAGUGCAAUUUGAAUAAUGGUGAAGUAGCCUGAGAGAGAACCUGAUAACGUGGAGCCUUGUAGAGUGACGCUUAAGGUUUAGGACUAUUUAUUCACACUUGUGAAAACACAUUGCUUUAAAAAAAAAAAAAAAAAGGCAUUUUCUUUUCUUAGGAUAUUGUUCAAUAUUUGUAUAGUGAUCUGUGGCUUAAUUUCCUGUGAUAUCUAGCUGGGUUCUAUAUUAUCUUUUUGAAUAUUUGUGUGUGAUCAACUGCUGUAUUUUUAGGAGUGUGAUGUAAUGAAUUUCUGUGCUUUUUGUUGCAUUGUUUUUAGUUGUAUUUUUCAUUAGAUAGCUUGUGAAUUGGAAGCUUACUGCUAAAAAGCAAUGUUGUUUAUACCUUUCUGUUUUACAACAUAUUUCCUUUUGUUUAGUGACAGUUCUCCCCUUAGUAGGCUCAUUGAUAUAAUUUGUAUUAGGUUCAAGUUAAUUUAUCAAAACUUAUGCUGAUGUAAAUUUCUGCUUAACAAGAACAAAAUGAAAAUAUAGCUUGUCACUAAGACUAGCUCUUUUUAUGACCAUAUUUUAUAUUAUAAUGUCAGCUGUUGUAUAUAGUAACAUUCACCAUCACUUACCAGGUUAGGUGUCUAAACUGAAGUCAUCUAUUUGUUUAAUUUCUCUUCCAUCUGGUGACAGGCACCUGGCUUCUGAAUUCUUUUUCAACACCAAAGUGUGACACAGAAUGCUAUCAAAAGGCAAGUUCCUCAGAAGUAUUUCUGAAGGAAAAGAGGCUUAGACACUGUAAAACAGUAUUGCUUCCUGGGGCUCUUAAAGAUUUUAUGUGCACAAGGAAAAGGAAAAUGGAGUUGGUGCAGUAUAGGAAAAGUGUAAGUCUCAAAAAACCCCUCAAAACACCUGUAUACUACAGAUGAUUUUUACAAAGCCUAUAAAGUUGGUUGUUGUGGGGGGAAAGUGUCAGGGGGAGCUUGAGAUCCUAGUGUAUGUGGAAAAUAUUAGUUGAAACUGUGUAUAGCGCAGGUCAUCUUUGUGGCUCUUAAUACUGAGAUUUCAGUCUUUUAGAGGGAAUCUGAAAUUCUCAAAGGAAAAUUUGUACCACAACUUUGGUUUAUUGUUACACUUUCCAGGAUGUGUUUUCUCUGGUUUUGUUUAAGUUUGGCAGAGCUUUUAAAUGUGGCACCAGCAUGAGACUUUUCUUUUCCUUUCCCAGGAGACAUGUUCUGUGAUCCUAUUGCUCAGAGGCUGCUUUGAGAAAUGGAUUGUGUUGAAUGUAGCAGCAGUGAUAGCAGAGCCAUUGCUUGACUAUUUUAAUGAUUUGCUAUUGGCACUAGAUGCUGAACAUGACUAAACUGUGUUUGUAUACUGUGUAAUAGGAGACCUACAUAUGGUGUAAAUAAGAUGUGCUAUCUGGACAGAUAUGAUGCCUUUUCAUUAUCAGUUAGAAAAUACUCUAUUUGUGAUGCCAAAAGUGGGCCGAGCUCACUCUUCCCUAAUGAAUGGAAUGAGAAGAUUCUUCAGUUUCCACACCAUAGUACGUUAUAUUGCAAAUAUCACUUAUUUCCAUCUUUUUUUCCAUAAAUUUACUUAACCAAAUGAAACACACGAAACAUGGGCACCAAGGUUUAGUCAGGAAAACCUCUCUGCUCCUUCUAUUUCCAUCCCAGGGAGAAUACUGUCCUCCCUAGUUAGCAAUCCCCAAACAGCCAUGUAUUUGCUAAAGCCUAAAGCUUUAGUUUUUGCUACAGGUACACAUAGCUUUUUUAAAUCAAGCAGCUAGCACAGUGGAGCCUAGUGGCUGACCAUUUGGUGGUGUUAAUGUAGAUGCUAAUGAAAGUACAAUUCUGAAGCAAUAAGAGAAGAUGGCUUGCUUAGGUUGCAUGCAAAGAUCACAGGUUUUAAUUGGAUGUCCACCUGCAGGUUUUAAGGGGAAAAAAAAAAAACCCCAAACACCACACUUCUUGCAUCUAUUUGGUAAAUCUUGAAAAUUGAGAGUUCAGAUUGGCAGGUCUAUAAUGUUGGGAGGGGAGAGGGGUUGUUUUGUUUUUUAGCAAAAUCAGGUUUUCAUCAGAUAUCCUGCUUAGUUUGUCACUACCUGGUAGAUGACUAGAAUGAGAAUGACAGUUACUUUUUUUUUAAAAAAGAGCAUUCUUGGAGGUUCUUAGAAUGAUGGUGCCAUUUCAGUUAUAUACACAGCAGUGAAAGUCUCUACCUGUCAGGGUAUGCUAGAUCAGAUGUUAGAUAAGAGACCUGUAUAUUGUGCAAUUAGGGAAGAAAGACACUAUGAAAGGCUAGUUUUGAGCAAGUGAAAAUAUUUCAUGUAACAGCUGUUUGAAGUAUUUUGGAGGAGUUAAAAUAACUAGGAUUUCAUGUAUAUCAUUCUGUACUAAAAAUUAAUUUUCCAGAUACUAACAGGAAAACUUUUUACAUUUGACUGUUAAUGAUAACAAUAGGUGUGUCUGAGCGAGGUGAAGAUGCUGCUAAAUGUUUAAGAUAUGUGGUAUGUAUCACAAGAUAAAUAUUUAAGUAGUUUAGAAAAGUAAAUUAUCAAAUAGUUGUCUGUGUAUAUGUAUGUAUGUGGAUGGUGAAACAAAAAAUGCUCACCUCUGCUAUCACAUUACUAAGCUACCAUGACUUAAUCCAGAAAUGUGCAUGUGAGACUUUAAACUGGUACACUUCUCUACCUGGUUUAUUGUGUUUACUAAUGUAUAUUUUUCUAAAUAUACAGAUAUUUCAAUCUAAAAAUUCUAUAUUUAUCUGUAAUUUCUAUCUGUUUUGGACAGUGCAUGAGGUGCUGUAAAAUUCUGUACAUAUAAGAGACUUAUAGAAGAAACACUGUAGUUGCCCUGUGAAUGAAAAGUUGUACAUAAAAGUACAGUCAGUAUGCCAAGACCCAUAAAUUAUUUCCUUAAAUGCACCAAAAAUUCCCUUAAGUGUGCACCAGUCUCAACAUUCAUGUAAAUACUUUGGUGCAUAUGUACCCAAGUGAUUACCUUUCUGUCUCUAAAUGUUACACUAGCAGGUCUACUUUACGUUCUACAUCAUGUGACAAGAUGCAGUCAAUUAAAAGUUUAGUGGGAUAAAUAUAAUGGGAUAUGUCAUCUUGCAUAGAUUUAGAAAGGUCUUUCAAAAUGUUCUGCAAAUAUAAAAUGAAGGUAAAAUUGCAGAAGAAUCAGCGAUGUAGGCAAGGGAAAUUGAAUUUAUAACCAAUGCAGUAUCCUUAACUUGUGCCGUGUUCUCAGAUCAGUGCAGCUCUGUGUACUUAGUUGUACAAAAGCUUUGUGGACAAGGAUGGAAGAUCAGCUCAUCACUUCUGAAUUUGUGUUUAUAUGAACUGUCACAUCUUGGAUAGGCUCAAAAUGUGACACGAUUUUCCCAAUCCUCUAUACUCACAACUCUAACUCAUUGCAUCUUCUAAAAUCAUACCUAAAUGACUUGCUGUACAAAUUGCCUGCAGCUCAGCGUUCAGGAAGUCAUCUGGGUUUUGCUUUGUUUUGUUUUGAAGAGGGUGAUUCAGAUAAGAAACAGGAAACUUUUUUCUCUUCGAAACACAGAAAAUUCCUGACUAGGUACCCUUUGGAGCCAAGCUUGCCUCUCUGCUAUUCUUAAGGACCAGUGGAGAAUGAUCAAGUAGAGCACCACUCCAGAAAUGAGGCGAUGAGCUAUAAUUGUGAACAUAAACAAAUUCAAAUUUCCUUUACCUAUUCCUUGGUUUCCCAUCCAGGCUUCCUCUGUCUGGCUUCUUCAUUCAGACUGAACGUUGAGGCAGAUGCUGUUUCUCAGUUCAUCUAUAGCGCGUACGGCAGUCAGUCGAUUCCCCCUCGCUCAUUGCGCCUGUAGGUACAGCUUCAAGACAAACUACAGGUGGAGGCCUGUUGCAUCUGUCAUGCAAAUGCGUAUAGACUGUUUGCUUCAUGCAGGGCUUCUUGGCUCACCCAAGUUCUGAAGAGUUGAAGUACCGUAGUGUUGUUGCCAAACUUUAUACUACUUUUGCAAAAGUGGUGAGACCAAUUUAUUGUUGCCUAGGUAGUGGUUAUUGCAUACAAAGACUUGUAGUCUCCUAGGCCUCUUGCCUUAAAUACCCCUCCAGCUGUCAGUCCCUCCCUACACAAAACCUCUCCUGGGCCAUUAAAAGGAUUUCUGUAGUUAAAGGCACUGCCAUUUGCUUUCUCUGAUGGACUGUCAUUAUGAAAGGUGGUGAAGUCCUGGCCCUUUUUUUUUUUUUUCUCCUGAGUUUCUUUUUUUGGCCUACCCUGUUUGGUUUUCAUGUGUGUUUAACGAGCUUACUGAUGGGAAUUGUCUGGGAUUCUUAGCUUGUGUCCUGUAGAGGAAACAGUGGUCAACAGAAACAUUGGUAUAUAAGACUGGUGUAACUUACUGGUUUUAGUCCCAAGAGAGAUUUUAAAAAAAAAAAAAAAAGAGUGAAAACACUUGUAAAAUAACCAAUUUUCAGAGGCAGCUUUGGCUUCCAGACAUAUGAAAAGUACACUCAUGUGCGCGCACACACACACAUAUAAAUAAAACUUAGGGGUAAUUCAGACAGUAUCUGCUAAUUUACCUGAAUUCUCCAUGCUGGGAUACUAUUCCACAACUGUCACAUUUUAAACUGCUGAAUUCUCAGUUCAUUUGCUGGUACUGCAGCUGGAAUUUACCUGUACAGGCUUAAAAACAAACUCCAGCUUGCUGAAGGCUGUUAAGCAGUUUCACCUCCAAAUAGAAUUUUUUUUCUUUCAGCAGGGUCUCAGCAAUAUAUUUAUAUUUUAUAGGAUAAAUUACACUUGAAGUAAAUGUCAAUUUUGUUCUCAAUAUUUUUAACCCUUUCUCGUGCUAGUUGGGUAUGGAGUUCCUUUUGCUGCUAAGGCAGUGGUUGGUUGUGGAAUACUUAUUGACCAACCUGCAAGGCUAACAUAGUUCAAGUAGUCCUGGAAACACUUUCUCCCAUUUAUCCUUUUCCUUUUAAUGUCAUUAGCUCCAUGUUAAUGUUGUCCCUGCAAGUUUGCCUGUCUUCACAGCUGAUCCAGGUAUUACUUCCUAAGUAGUCAACCUUACCUAGAGUACAGUAAACCCUCUUCCAAAAACCCAAGUAACUUUUCUGUUAUUUGAUCUCUUACAGGAUACAUAGUGUAGAGCAAAAUGAAUGGCACUGCUCUGUAUUCUGGGGGUGGCAGCAAAAUUGUUGGCUGCAAAACCAAAUUUUUUUUGACUGAUUUUUGUUGGUUUAGGUCUUUCUUGUACACAAUUAUAUAUGGUGAUAACUGUUGAAAUGUAUUUCUCCCCCUUUGAAAAUGCAUGUUGAACAUUCCUUCCCCUCCCUCAUCAUAUAUUGCCUGUGUGUAACAUUUGUGUGCUGUGGUAUAAGAAGGGGGACAGCUUCCUUAGGUUUUAAAGUACAAAAAAGUUUGCCGCUCUCCCACCCCAAACUGGGGUAGGUUAAGUGUUUGGAUUUAAAUGUGUAUCAGAAUUCUGUCACCGUGCAUUUCCUUACCUUGCUUCUUCUCACAAUUGUUUUUGCCUGUUGGAAGCUCUUGUGGUUUUUUUUUUUUUUUCUUCUACAGCAUAUUAAAUUAAACUGGAUUUGACAUUUGUAAAACUUUAAAAACUGCUCUCCUGUAAAAAAAAAUACUCUUUCUUCAGCUGAAAACAUCCUACAGAAAAAAAAAAUCUUAACUAUUAGCUAAACUUUCUAAUGUAAACCUGCAAUUGAUUUAGUACCUAAUUGUUUGAAUACAAUACUGUAGAGCAGGCCUAGGAGAUGGGACUUGUUAGCAUUCUGACUUCAUACUGAUAAAGUCAGCUAAUACAUAGGACAUUUUUAAAUUGCGACUUGUUUUCUAAAACCCCCCUUUUUCACAGCUAAUAUUUUCACAAUAAACACAGCCAAACAUAAAAAUGUUAAUGUACAAAUUGUGAAAUUCUGUUAAUUCCCAACAAAAUAUUUUUGUAUAUAAUAAAAAUUUAAUAUUGAAAAAAUGUAA